GACCCAACCAUCAACAGAUUGCAGUGGUCACAGAAAACGUUGCCCCAAGAAUCUCCAGGAAAGAGACGGAGAUCCAUAGAAGAAAGAGAGGAACAGCGAUACAGGAAGAAAAGAAACAGGAGAAGAACGUAGAAGGAAUUUUCAAUCUCACAGAACAAACCCUCUCUGCAGAACAGACAGAAAUUCUUUCAAAAGGUCUGAAAUUUGCGCCCACAACGGAUUUCAAUAAAUUUGACUUUUUUAUUGAUGUGAAUCACUUUAUUCGAAGACUGUCGCUCAAAAAGUUCUUCUUUAGGAAAGAACAAUCUGCCAUAACCCUACAGAAUAAAAAUUAUGUACAUAUCGAUCUAAGGGAAAAAUCAACUUUCUUCCCGAAACAUAUGAUUUCAGACCAGAUGAAGGCCUUUGAAAUCAUAGUUAUGAAGGAAGUAGACACAAUUACAAAAACUACCAUGUACCAACAGAAUCUAUCUCGUAGAGAACAGAAAACAUUAAAAGGAAUGGAAAAGGAUAAUAAUACUAUAAUUAAACCAGCAGAUAAAGGGGGUGGGAUUGUUAUUUUUGAGAAAGACCAAUACAUAAAAGAAGCAGAGAGAAUUCUUUUAGACCCCAAGACUUACCAAUGA